AUGUCGGCCAUGUUGCGAUCUGUUGGAGCCACAUCAGGCUCAUUCCCCUUUGCAGAUCACUCCACCAAAUCGUCUACAUUCUUCGUUUGCACUCUCCCAGUUAUCAGAGCUGAUAGAAGCCCAAUUUUGAAUCGGGUAUCUGGUACUCCCAUGCCCGUGAAGCUCAUUACCAAAGCUGUUGCGACUGAGAACUCUGUAUCGGCAGCUUCGAAACCUGGGCACGAGCUCCUUCUAUUCGAAGCCCUUCGCGAAGGCCUCGAGGAGGAAAUGGACCGCGACCCCCGCGUCUGCGUGAUGGGCGAGGACGUGGGCCACUACGGAGGCUCCUACAAAGUCACCAAAGGCCUCGCCGAAAAAUUCGGCGACCUCCGCGUCCUCGACACUCCCAUCGCCGAGAACUCCUUCACGGGCAUGGCCGUGGGCUCCGCCAUGACGGGCCUCCGGCCCGUAAUCGAGGGCAUGAACAUGGGCUUCCUCCUCCUCGCCUUCAACCAGAUCUCCGACAACUGCGGAAUGCUCCACUACACCUCCGGCGGCCAAUUCACCAUCCCCGCCGUAAUCCGCGGGCCCGGCGGCGUCGGCCGCCAGCUCGGCGCCGAGCAUUCCCAACGCCUCGAGUCGUACUUCCAAUCAAUCCCGGGCAUCCAAAUGGUCGCGUGCUCGACGCCGUACAACGCCAAGGGCCUCAUGAAGGCCGCUAUCCGAAGUGAAAAUCCGGUGGUGCUUUUCGAGCAUGUCCUUCUUUACAACCUCAAGGAGCGUAUUCCGGACGAGGAGUACGUGCUCUCGCUCGAAGAGGCCGAGAUGGUGAGGCCCGGGAAUGAUGUCACUAUAUUGACUUAUUCGCGGAUGAGGUAUCACGUGAUGCAGGCGGCCAAGAGUUUGGUGAACAAGGGUUAUGAUCCGGAGGUGAUUGAUAUACGGUCGUUGAAGCCAUUUGAUCUGUACGCGAUCGGGAGUUCGGUGAAGAAGACACAUAGGGUGGUGAUCGUGGAGGAGUGUAUGAGGACGGGAGGGAUUGGGGCGAGUCUGACAGCGGCGAUAAACGAGAAUUUUCAGGAUUAUUUGGAUGCGCCGAUUGUUUGUCUUUCGUCGCAGGACGUGCCGACGCCGUAUGCGGGGACGUUGGAGGAGUGGACGGUGGUUCAGCCGCCGCAGAUUGUGGCGGCUGUUGAGCAGUUGUGUCAGUAG